AUGAAGCGAAGGAUGUCUCCACUGGGGGCCAGCUUUGGAAGAGGGCGCAGCGGUGACGGUGCUGCCAUGGAAUCAGGAUCUUCAGAUGUGACGACCAAUCAGGAGCCUUCUGAGGUCCAGGAGGAAUGUUCAGGAAAAAAGAAGUCCAGGUUCCAGACAUUUAAGAAGUUAUUUACUCGAAAGAAGAGAAAGGAGCCGCAGACGGCAGAAACAGAGGCGAGCCUCAAAGCCAGCCAGUCCAGCGACGAUGUCAGCAAAACACCAGAGAACAACAUGCUGGCUCACUCAGAGGAGGAGAAGAAAUCUGGGUCAAAGGUCAGUCUGGGUGGGAAGGCCUUGUCACAUGAUUCGGUUUUUGUCUCCGAAUCAUCAGAGGUCGCUGAGGGUCUCGGGGCGUCUCAGGACAGCCUUCAUGGGAAAGUGAAAUCACUGCAGUUGCAGCUGAAACAGGCUAUCAGACUGGGUUCUCCUCCUUCACUGAUGUGUGUGAAGAAGACCGAAGAUGCUGGAGCCGUGUCUGAGGACGACGGUCUACCCUGCAGCCCACCUGAAUGCACACCUGUCAGGAACCAGGCUCAGAGGAGCAGCUCCAACAGCCUGCAGGGGUUAGACGCCGACAAGCUGUCUUGUGCAGCCUCCAGCAGAGCCAUGAGCCCCCUGGUGGUUCCUGGAGACUUCAGCCAGCCGGCCAGUCCUUUCGGCUGUUUGGACAACUCUGCUGCCAAACACAAGCUGGGCCUGAGACACAAAGCCUGUAACCGGAGGAAACCUGCCAGUAAACUGGACCUGAAAGCAGAAACAGACUCUACAGUGGAGGAGAUGUUCCCGAACUCUGUGCAGAGAUCAGAACCAGAAGCUGUGGAGCAACAAGAACAGACAGCAGAUGGAGGAGAGCUCCUGAAACCAGGAGAAGAGGAAGAGGAGGAUGAGGAACAGGAGACCACAGUGUUCCAGCUGAGAGAUGAGGAGGAGGAAGAUGAGUCAGAUGUUAAACAGGAAGUUUCUCACGACUCCUCCUGUCCUCCGGAGCAGAGACGCUCAGAGGAGGACGUCUCUGAUGCUCGGUCUGUGUCCUCCUCCAGCUCCAGCUCCAGGUCCCCUGACAGUCCUCCUUUCUCCUCUCAAACUGAGACCUUUAAUGGUUCCUCCAGGCCCACAGCAGAACCACCCUCUGCUCCGAAACACGUCUCCUGUCAGGAUGAAGAUCACCGCUUCGACUCUUCAGAGGAGGAGGAGGAGGUCUGCGGAGACGGAGAGGAGGAGAGCUCCUUCCUGGAGGAUGUGCUGAGCUCCUUAAAGGCUCCUCUUUAUGCUCCCUCACCUGACGUGGAGACUGAGGGUGGUGUUCUGGAGGAGGAGGAAGAGGAGGAGCCUGGUCAUCAUCAGACUGAGGGAGAGGAGGAGGAGGAGGAGGAGGAGGAGCCUGGUGAUUAUCAGAUGGAAGAGGAGGUGAAGGAGGAGGAGGAAGGAGAUGAGGUGAAGAUGAAUGAGGAGGAAGAUGAGGUGGAGGUGAAAGAGGAGGUGAAUGCGCCUGAUGAUCAUCUGACUGAAGAGGAGGAUGAGGAAGAAGAUGCUGCAGGUGAAGAGGAGGUGAAAGUCAGUGAGGAUGAAGAUCUGACUGUGGAGCAUCCUCCUCCUCCUCACAGUGAGAAAGAGGAGGAAGACAAGUCUGAGGAAGAAGUUGUCAUAGUUACAAGACAAUCCCUUAGCCAGGAGGUUGGAAUGAGUGAGGAAGAGGAGGAGGAGGAAGAAGCUGAGGGAGACAGAGAGGUGGAGGAGGAGAUGUUGAAGAGUGAGGAAGAGCAUGAUGAUGAUGAAGAGGCAGAAGUUGAGGUAAAUGAAGUGAGAGAAGAGGAGGCAGAAGAUGAGGAGGAGAUGAUGGAGAUGAUUCCGGAUUCCCAGGAAGAGGAGGUUCACAGAGUCUCACCUGUUCAGGAGACAGAUGAAGGAGUAAUGGGAGGGGAUCAUGAUGAUGAUGAUGAUGAUGAUGAUGAUGAUGUCCAAAACACAAACCAGACAAAAGAGGAAGAUGUCACAGAAAUGGGAGCUCAGGUUCUGACACAAGUGCAGGAAGGACAUGAAAAUUCCAGUCUGAACUCUAAAGAUGAAGAGGAGGGUGAUGAAGAAGAGGAUGGAGAAGUCCUCGCACAAAAGUCAGAGGAAGAGGAAGAACCAAGCCAAAGUGGUGAAACCAUGUCUCAUCUGGACAAGAUUCCAAAUGACUCAUCUUCAGAAUCCAGAUCUCCAAAGUCCUGUCCCAUCACUGAUCCAGAUCUGGUUCUGCUCAGUCCUUCCAGUAGAACCACCACCUUACAGAUAGAUCUGGUCUCUCCCAGUUCAGAGACACCCCCAUCUUUGUCCCACCCGCCUCCUGCAGAUCCCAGUGCAGGUGUCUCAGAGUCUCCUGGAGGACAGUCCCCUGCAGAGGAAGAGUCAACCGAGGCUAUGAAAGAUGAAGAAUUGGAAGAGCCCAAACAGGAGCCAGGUGGUUCUCCUCCUGCCCCUGUUCCCCGGCCAGCAGAUCAGAGUAAAGUCCGCUUCACCAUCGCCCCCGCCUGGCAGAGGUCCCAGUGUUCCGCUGGACCUGUCUCAUCGUCUACACCUGUCUCUGGACCUGUCUCACCAUCUACUCCUGUCUCUGGACCUGUCUCACCAUCUACUCCUGGACCUGUCCUUCCGUCUAUUCCUGCCUCUGGACCUGUCUCACCUUCUACUCCUGUCUCUGGACCUGUCUCACCUUCUACUCCUGUCUCUGGACCUGUCUCACCGUCUACUCCUGGACCUGUCUCACCAUCUACUCUUGGACCUGUCUCACCUUCUACUCCUGUCUCUGGACCUGUCUCACCUUCUACUCCUGUCUCUGGACCUUUCUGUUCUGCAGAGAGCUCGGUUCUGGUUGAUGGAAAUCCUGAGAACCCUUUUGGAGUCCGUUUGAGGAAAACUUCAGCUCUGCUUCGCUUCAACUCAGAGGAGGAGGUUUCAGAGUCUCCAGUCCAGUCUCCAACUGUGUGUAAACUGGACUCACCUCAGCCGGUCGGCACCAAACCCUCUGUAGGUCCGAACAUCAACAGACCUGCUGUCCCUAAAAAACCAGAGGUCCACGGAGACGCCGGAGGGAAACUGAGGCGGAUCUCAGAACCACCUGCAGGCCGAGGAGCUGCUGGUGGACCGGAUCCUCCCAGCUGGAUCUCUGUGGCCAAACAGAAACAGAAGAUCUACAAAGAAAACUCUCUGGAGGAGAAGACUGUGAGAAAGGAGGAACAGGAGAGAAAGUCCUUACCCUAUGGAGCUGGAAGCAGAGAGAACCAGAACAAAACCAGCGAGACCACAGAGAGCAGGAAACCAUCAGUGAUUGUGGAAAAGGAGACCAGGAGGGUUCUCUGUCCUCCAGCUCCCGUUCCUCCUCAGCCUUUGAGAUCCCAGCUGCUUCCUUCCCCCGUCAUGACCAAACCACCGGGGUCCCCCGUCACGACCAAACCACCGGGGUCCCCCGUCACGACCAAACCACAGGGGUCCCCCGUCACAGCAAAGCCACUCCAGACUGACACGUCCCCAUCUUCUCCCAUCCCCGUCCCCUCAAAACGUCUUCCUUUCAUAACCCCUAUACCCUUCUCCAAACCUACCAGCCCAGCCCAAACCUCCCCCAUCACCUCCCCUCCUUUCCCAUCCAGAACCACCGCGGAAAAGUUUAAUUUCAAAGCUCCAGACCUCCCUAGACCGGCUGGAUCCCCCUCAGCUCUACCUCAGGACGAGCCCCCCUGGAUGGCGCUGGCCAAAAAGAAGGCCAAAGCCUGGAGCGAAAUGCCUCAGAUUGUCCAGUGAGUCCAGCUUCAGGUGGUCCACCUGGCCUUCAGGUGGUACCGGGGCUCCAGCUGGGGCCCAUUAGAGGGCGCUGGUGCACCACACAGAUAAUUCCAGCUUCACGUUUCAGAUUAGCACCAAGUCCUCACCUUGUAGAGUCAUGGAGUGUGAGGACCAGGCUGACAGAAAAGAACGGACCCACCUGUGAGCGUUGUUCAGCUCCACACAGCUUCACUGAACACGUCCUGUAAUCUGAACACGUCCUGUAAUCUGAACACGUCCUGUAAUCUGAACACGUCCUGUAAUCUGAACACUAAACCAGAGACUAACUGAACGUUGGCGUGUCGUAACGAUCGUUUCUUCUGAUCCGUGUGAUUUUAUUUUAACACUUCACCCUGAGAGGAAAUGGUUUGAAAGGAUUUCUUCUCAAACACUGACCUGGUGUUUCCUGUGUCCGGGAGAGUUCCAGGCCGUCACUGUAAAUUGUAUUUUAAUGUUUUUUUUCUUGUUUUUGUCUUUUUGGUAUUUGGAACCGCUAACAGGUUAUGUUCUUGCGUCCUGCAGACAUCUAAUGUCGAAAGGCUCCGACAUGUUGCUGACGGUGAAAAUUAUUAAUUUUUUCUUGUAAAUGAAAACCGAAAUCAGCUCAAAGCUACUUCAUCACUCGCAGUUUGUUUUGAUUCAUGGUGCAAGAUGAGAGCAGCAUCACUCUGUGGGUUUGAUGUUUGUCUUCAGAAAUCUGUUUGGGUUUGGUUUUGUAUCUUCUGAGAAUUCUUCCUGUACAAAAAGUGUACAGUAAAAAUCUGAAUUAAAUCAUAUCCUGUGUGUUCUUUA